AUGAAGAUAAUUUGGAGUGAUCUCGUCCAGGGAAUAAUUUUCAUUUCACUUACUGGAUUUGGAGUUUUAGGAAACUUCAUAUUAUUUGUGAGACAUGUAUAUACUUUCAUUAUGGGUUCUGAGAACAAAAAUAUAGAUGUAAUUUUCAUCCACUUGGCUUUUGUAAACACAAUCAUUAUUUACUGUAUAGGAGUCAGAAACAUAGCCACAGUUUUUUACAUCAGAAACUUCCUAAGUGAUGUUGGUUGUAAAACUAUAGUUUAUCUAGAAAGGGUUGCCCGUGGCCUCUCCAUCUGCACCACCUGUCUCCUCAGCAUGGUCCAGGCUGUCACCAUCAGUCCCAGGACCACACUGUGGAGAAAACUCAAACAGCAUAUUCUUGCCUUUCUCUUCCUCUUUUGGAUCUUUAAUUCCCUCAUAAGUUCCAAUUUGCUGCACUAUAUCACAGCAGGCAGUAGCAUGAAUAGGUCUGAAAUUGGGAUGUUUACUGGAUAUUGUUAUAUGCUACCAUCCAAGCCCACAGUUAAGUGGCUGUUUCUCUCUUUCAUGGCUCUUCGUGAUGUCAUUUUCCAGAGUCUCAUGGGAUGGAGCAGUGGGUCAAUGGUUCUCCAUCUAUACAAACAUCAUGUCCGUGUCCUCUAUCUUCACAGCUCCAGGUCUGCAAAUAAUUCUAGACCAGAAAUCAGAGCUACCCAGAGGGUUCUCACCCUCAUGACAUGUUUCCUUUUCUUUUAUUGGACAGAUUUCAUUUUCUCCUUAUAUAUAGGUUCUACAGUGAAAAAUGAUUUCACAAUACCAAAUAUGAAAGCAUUGUUAGUACUUAGCUAUGCUGGUCUUAGCCCCUUUAUCCUGAUUAUCUGGGAUGUCCAUAUUGCUAAGAUCUGCAGUGUCUCCUGA